CUUUCUUCUUCCUCUAAUUUUCAUUUUUGUACUUUCUCUCCUUCACAACCCAUAAGUCCAUAGCCAUGACCAGCUGGAAGUAGCUGCAUGUGGGUCAGAUAGACCAACGUUUCUUCUAUCUGUUUCAUGGGAUUAGCCAUCACCGUGGCAUUACCUAACUGUGGAACUAAGUUCUUGCCAAGGAGGAAGGGUGCUUUCUCCCUUGCCGUUUGCUUCGAGUUUUGUUCUCUCUGUCAUUUCCUUCAUCCUGCUCGGCCUUCAUUGGUCAGACAUCAAAGAUUUUCCAGGAGAAGGUCAUGGACAACAGUUAGGAGCUCGGUUGGUGGGAGCAGAGCAGAUCCACCAUCCGGUUCUUCGAGCAAUAAAAGCUCCACACGUCCAAGACUACUCAAAGCCAUACAAGAUCUCAGAACUAAGCUUCUGGUGAAAAUUCAGGAGAUAAAGAAAGAUCUCCCCAAGAAACUGCUCUUUCUCUUGGUGGGAUUCUACUCUGCAACUGCAUUCUCUACGUUUAUAGGACAAACAGGAGAUUGGGAUGUUUUAUCCGCUGCAUUGGCUGUAAUCGUAGUCGAAUGCAUCGGAGCUUUAAUGUACAGAGCAUCCAUUCCAUUAAUCAACAAGAUGCGGAGCAUGAUAACCAUGUUUAACUAUUGGAAGACUGGACUCGCCCUUGGACUGUUCCUUGACUCAUUCAAGUUUUAGCUCAGACCUUGGAAGGGGCAACACCUGGCUCUAGAAUGGACAGUGACCAGCAAAAUUUGACAAGCUGUGUCUCCUUUUAUGCCAUGAAGGUUGUCAAGACUUAAACUCAGGUCACUGCAAGACAUGGGAUCAUCAAACCCUCCGAUCUACACAAAGCAAGUCACCAGCAAACAGUGCUAGAGUCGUGUCUGUAUAACCUUUUCUGUAUUUGGUUGCAUCGUUGCAGAUGGAUACGUUUAAUAUAAGCAUUGAUUCUCUGAGUUA